CUAUGCGUCUGCUUGUCUGCUACUGCAGUUGUUCGCAGCCAUGUCUGUUGACGACCAAUCCUCCAGAGAGGCGCGUUGAAAAAAAAAGAAAAGAAGCACUGCGCUCGAAGCCACGGAAAUGGACGUUCGCGACUCAUCGCAAGCUUCUAGGGCAUCACUUUGAAAAGCCGCGAGCGUCGUCCAAUCGAAUCUUGCCAUGGCAAUCAACUCGAAUUCGUCAACAACACCGCGGAGUUGAAACGUCGCCUACCCUUAUGGAAGGGGGUGGAACCCCAUGUUGUUACACGCCGCAUCGCUAGCAGAUUGAGGUUUUAAAUGAACGGCCAUCAUGGCUGCCCUGCACACUCUGCUCCGCCGAGCGUCCGACCUCUUUCGGACGAGCUCAGGCACGCCUCAGCAGCUGAAGCCACCCGCGGCAGACGGGGAGGUGGUCUUCUGCAAGAACAACGUUUGCGUUCACCCUCCGGUGUCGUCGAAGAAUGGGGUAACCCACCACCCGGGCUACCUCACCAUCAAGGUGCACCAUGAUGAGGUUCUCGGCCUGAGCCUGCGUCUCAGCUGGAUCCCCAAUGCAUCGCUCAAGAAGAACCCUCGCAGCCUCGAGAACCGUACGCCCUGCAGCUCGCCGUGUCGAAGCCCCAGCGUCUGCACCAGUGUGUGCCCGAGCCCCACCGUGCACCAACGGCAAUUCCGGCGCGGCUCCACCAGUUCUGGGAACCAGCCUGCACUGGAUGAGGGCUCCGUGUGUCACUUAAGCUGCGACCAGCAGAGCAUCAGCUCGGCCGUCUCGGACAUGGGGAGUCCGCCGGAGGAGCAAGGCAGCCUGGACUCCUGGACGGCGAGCGACCAGGCUGAGAUGACUGCAGUCGACGGCGGGAUCACCGGCAGGGCUACCCCUCGACCCCAGCGAUGGCGAUCUCUGUGGUGCCGGCACGAAGCGCCACUGUUUCCAAGAUGCCGAGCUGUGAGGACGAGAGCGUAUCGGGUGCCGACUGCAAUGGGUCAUCGUCGUCGGCCAUCGGACCGGAGGAAGUCACGGCUGCUCUGGAGUCCAUGAUCAGCGGCCUUAACCAGAUCGAUGCGGGAAGCAGUGUCGGCAGCAAAAGUUCUUUGGGCUGUGCAGCUGCGCCUGCAAAAGAAACAUCCGCGACUUCAUUGGGGAAUGGCGAGGAUACGUCGGGCCGAUUUGAAAGAAAUGGCACUGCCAUGUCCGACGCACCGUGGAAAGACGGGGGUGACAUCAGGGCGGGUGGCGACACGCAUUACAACCAGCCUUGGCAUUCGGAAUGGAAUGGCAGCAUU